AUGUCUGUUCUGAAUCAUAUGUGUGAUGAUCAGCCCGAGUGUCCAUUGUGCAUGGAAGCGUUUGAGGUGGAUGACUUGAACUUCUUCCCGUGUACAUGUGGCUACCAGAUAUGUCGCUUUUGCUGGCAUCGUAUUCGUACCGAUGAGAAUGGCUUGUGUCCAGCAUGCCGCAAACCGUAUCCUGAGGAUCCAGCUGAUUUCAAGCCGCUCAGUCGAGAGGAAGUAGCUAAAUUAAAGGCAGAGAAACGACAAAAACAUCAACAAAAAAAGAACAAGAUCACAGAGGAUAGAAAAGUGUUAAAUAACAUGCGAGUACUGCAAAAAAACUUAGUGUUCGUAGUUGGUCUGCCUAAUCGGAUAUCAGAAGCUGAAACGCUCAAGAAACAUGAAUAUUUUGGAAAAUUUGGGAAAAUAUUAAAAGUUGUUAUAAAUCAAAGUACUUCGUAUAUUGGCACACAGGGUCCAAGUGCAAGUGCUUAUGUAACAUACUCAAGAUGCGAAGAUGCGCUUAGGGCUAUACUUGCUGUCAACAAUGUCAUUAUAGAUAAUAGAGUAUUAAAAGCAUCUUUGGGUACAACAAAAUAUUGUUCAAAUUUUAUGAAAAAUCAACCUUGUCCGAAAACUGAUUGCAUGUAUUUACACGAAAUGGGAGAACCAGAAGCAAGUUUUACAAAAGAUGAAAUGCAGCAGGGUAAACACCAAGAAUAUGAAAAGAAAUUAUAUGAGCAAUACAAUGUUGUGCUAAGUAGGAGACCAGAAAAUUCUCCUCCAAUUCAAAUUACUUCAGGUAAUAAUGGUGUAAUUGAAAAUUUGUCACAAAAUAAUAAGGAAUCUUGGCCUUCUCUCAAUAAUGGUACAUCACGCAAUGAUUCUCCAGUUGAAGAUGAUAGAUUAUAUGAAGUUGAAUUUAAUUUAACAAAUCACAAUGCACACUCUGAUAAAGCUUUAGAAAAAGGGGAAUCUCAAAAUGUUAAAAUCAAUGGUCAUAAAAACAAAAAGAAAUCUAGUUCACCAGAAAAUAGGAAAGGUAAGGUGAAAACUCCAAGUUCUAUACCUUCAGCCGAAGAAGAACAAUUAAGUACAUUAGAUGGUGAAUGUACUGAAAAUAAAAGAAAUUUGAUUAAAGAAAUUUGGAAUAAUGAACCAUCUCUUAGCAAUAACCAAUUAGAAAAUGAUACCCAAAGCGAAUCAUUAUUUGAAAAUCCACAAAAGCCAGCUUCAAUAUUCGAACAAGAUAACAAUAAUUCAUUUUUCUCUUCAAAUUUCUCUAAAUUAACAAAUGGUAAAACCAGUCCUGUAUUAAACAGUGAACCCGAUUGGAGUCCUCCAGUCAGUGCAAUUUUACCUCCAAUACCAGAUGUCCUACCACAAGUACAAACAUCUGAAGAUUGGCAAGCAGCAUUUGGUUUCUCAAAUAAUAGUAAUAAUUCUCGGAAUAAUUAUCCAUCUUCGGAUUUAAAUAGAACAAUGUUAAAUUUACCAUCAGACGAUGAUAUAUUUGAUUCAGUUUCGGUUACACAACGUGCACUUUCAGAAUAUAUGGAACAACAAAAUCAUAUUAAUAUGUACCAGUCUAGACUUCAAAAUUCCGGGUUUCCUUAUUGCACAAAGUUAAUGGAUAAUCUUCAUAUAAAUAAUACAGCUCCCACAAGAACAUGUUUACCGCCUCCCGGAUUUUCAUCGGCUCCUAAUCAAGUCAAUUCCUAUGGUAUCAGUAUUCCUCGUAACACUGGUAACACUAAUAAAUUGCCACAAAAUAAUCCAUUUGCAUUACAACAACAAUUACGUCAAUCAUCUUCUCAUAAUUUGGAUUGGUCAUCAAUAGAUCCAGCAAUAGUUACAGCAACUCCACAUUGCAAUUUAUAUACAACACCGCCGCCACCACCAGGUUUUAAUAUGAGACAAGCGUUUGACUCAAAUCUAUGGUUGUUCAACAACCUCAUAUAA